AUGUCGGAAACUGUCGAACACAAUGAGAAUCCACACCGACACGAGUCUUCGGGCCUUGCCCAUGAAGAGCCCAUUAUUCACCACUCCACCGUCCAAAAGACCGAGUUGACCAGCUUCAUCCAUGAGGCGAAGGAGGGUGCCGAACUGGAAAAGCAGAUGACCCUCAGCCGAGCCCUGAAACUAUACCCCAAAGCUGCGUUCUGGUCUAUUGUCCUAUCAACCGCCCUAGUGAUGGAAGGCUACGACACUCUUCUAUUGGCGAACUUUUAUGCGCUUCCGACGUUCAGCAAGAAAUACGGCAUUCUAAACCCGGCAACUGGGAAAUAUACCAUUUCAGCUCCGUGGCGCUCUGGUUUAUCGGAUGGUGCUGCUGUUGGUGAAAUUCUUGGACUUUUCUUGACGGGCCUUAUUUCGGAACGUAUUGGUUAUCGUAAGACGAUUCUCGGUGCUUUAGUCAUGAUCACAGGGUUCAUUUUUAUCACUUUUUUCGCCGUGGACAUCAAGAUGCUUUUGGUUGGUGAGAUCCUUUGUGGUUUGCCGUGGGGUGUGUUCCAAACUAUCUCGACUGCGUAUGCUUCCGAGGUGUGUCCAGUUAGUCUUAGGGCAUACCUGACGACUUACAACAACUUGUGCUGGGUUAUUGGCCAUUUCAUCGCCUCUGGAGUACUACGCGGAAUAGUCAACAAUACCACAGCCGAAGCCUAUCGUAUCCCCUUUGGAAUUCAGUGGAUGUGGCCACCACUCCUCAUCGUCGGUGUUUACUUUGCACCAGAGUCACCUUGGUGGUUAGUCCGCAAGGGGCGUCUCGAAGAAGCGAAACGGUCAUUAUUGAGGCUUACAACCAAAAAUGAUCCGGACUUUGAUGCAGAUAAAACAAUUGCGAUGAUGGAACAUACCAAUCAACUCGAACAAGAGAUGUCGUCCGGUACCAGCUACCUGGACUGUUUCAAGGGAGUGGAUCUUCGUCGAACUGAGAUCUGUACCGCUGCUUGGGUGGCCCAAAGUAUCUGCGGGUCAACAUUUAUCGGUUACUCAACAACGUUUUACGAACAAGCUGGACUUCCUACCGUGGACGCAUUCGACAUGUCUAUGGGACUUUAUGCUAUCGCAGCCGUUGGAACACUGUUGUCAUGGUGGGUCAUGACCUUCGUUGGUCGACGAAAAAUCUAUCUAGUCGGAACAGCGACCAUGUGUGUGAUUCUGUUCAUAGUCGGCAUGCUCGGAAUUGCCCCAAAAACCAACAAAUCCGUGUCAUGGGCUGUCGGCUCCAUGAUUCUGGUAUUCGCCUUCGUCUACGACUCUACAGUCGGUCCCGUAUGUUACUCUCUCGUCGCCGAGAUGUCAUCUACAAGAUUACGAGCCAAGACGAUCGUGAUUGCCCGAAACUUCUACAACAUCGCCGGGCUGGUAACAAACGUCCUCAUUAACUAUCAGCUGACACCUACUGCGUGGGACUGGGGUGCAAAGGCGGGCUUCUUCUGGCUUGGAACGUGCUUUUUGUGCUUUGUUUGGACGUUUUUCAGGUUGCCGGAGCCGAAAGGGAGAAGCUAUAGUGAGCUUGAUAUUCUUUUUGAGAAGAAGAUUCCUGCUCGCCAAUUCAAGCAUACAAAGGUCGAUCCUUACCAGGUGGAGCAUGUUGCGAUUGUUGAAAGCAGGGCAAAAGGGGAUGUCGUCUAA